AUGGCCAUGCCAGCCACACCUGUUUGCUUCGAACAUACAGUCAACAACGUUAAAUUUUCACACAUAGUCAUCGUUCAUAGUAAGGGGCGUGUGUAUAUCUGUUGUGUGUGUGUGUGUGUGUGUGUGUGUGUGUGUGUGUAUGUGUGUGUGUGUGUAAAAGUGCAUGCGGGGCUUGUCGGCGUUGCCUUGUGGCACACUCAGAACAACGCACAGCAGCAUCUGGCGCGUCGUGCCGUCAACAUUACAGUGCUGGAAAAGUACAACUACACAAUGCGCUACGAAGGGGCAACGGGGGAUGAAGAUAAGACACCCCUACGCUUUUCGACGGCCUUUGCCACUAAUCCAUCCAUUCGUCUCUGGACGCGCCAACUGAGUUUCACCCCUUGCAAAGAGGCUUGCAACGCCGACGAUGAGUGCUUGGGCUUUUUUCUCUACGUGGACAGUGGGGAUGACCCCACCGACGCGCAGCUCUACCAUUGCGUUGGUCUGGCUCAUCUGGGCAUCAACGGCGGAUAUCCCACUGACCUCUAUUCAUUCAGUUUUGCCAAGCUGAUCAACACGACGGAGACCGUGGCCAAGGCUGCCAGCAACUUUGUCUUUGAAAAGAUCUUUGACACACAAGACAGCGCUUAUCCGUCCCGACGCAUCUCCACAGCUUUCAUCGAGGGGCAUCGCCUCUUCCGAGAGUUUCAGGGGGUGGAGCUGUGUGAGGCACGGUGCUCCAAGCUGGAUGCCUGUCUGGCUACCUUUGUGUGGAGUGGACCUACCACCGGCUACGUGGACGUGUGUGAUGGCCUCUCUGCGUUGGGCUCCCGAGAGGGCGUGGAUACGUCCGUUACUUCGCGUAGCUACUUUAAGCGAGUACUUGGCAGCUUUGGCCCGCGCAAGGCCGUCGACUUGGUUGCCGACCUCGCACCGGGGGCCAUCAUUCCCAACAUUGACUCGUUGGUUACCGGUGAUUUUACGGGCGAUAACAAAACGGAUAUUGUCGUUGGGUUCGUUUAUAACCUCCCUCUCAAGCUUCUUUCACGCAAUGAGAAUGAUGAGUGGGCAGCCACAGCCAUCACGGGCGCCGAAUCCACCGUGGAGAUGGCCACCGUCCAUCUCAGCAGCCCCACUGCACUGGACAUUGUGUACAUCACAUAUACCGGUGUCAAGACACUGCGCCAUACAGGACCGGGGAGCUUUGCAGCGUGGACCACGAUUGGCCUCUACAACUACGGAAAGAUCAUUCCCGCUGACCUCUCCUCGCGCGGCUACAACGGUGACUUUGUGCUGCUCGCUUCAUCGGUGCGCGCCAUCGCGGUCGUGCAGCACCAGGGGAAUGGUGUUUUCACCCAUCGUGUCAUUUCUGUGAGUGUCUACGAUUCGUUCAUCUCGGACAUGGCCCUCGAUCCUCGCGACCACACGCGGCUCUUCUUCAGCGGUUACGACGAGGUGUAUGUCAUGCAAAACAUUUCUGCAGGCACUCCCGUCGUGUCUUCAAUCUACGCGCUGUCCUCCACGACAAGUGAUAUUGUACGCUUGGCCGUGGGCCCAUUCAUGAGCAGUGAAAGCACCGAUGUGCUUAUUGUCACGGCGGCCCGCAGCAGCCGCACAGCCAACACGUCCCUCGUCAUCCUGCCAUCUGAAGACGUGGGAUUAGAGUUUAGCAAGACGCUGCCCAUCACGUCCUUCUCCUCCCUGGACGUGGGGGACGCCACCAACGACGACGUGUUUGACAUUGUGAUCAGUGGUGCUUCCACUAGUACGACCAUGGAUGUUCUGGUGUACAAGUCUAUUGACUCACGCGUGCGAGCUCUUGAAGACGACCAGCUGACCCUGGAAAGCAGUAUCAGCUAUCGUGUCACGGACAACGUCGUUGUCGAUCUGGUGGAUAUGACUGGGGAUGGCGAACCGGAUCUCUUAACGGCUCCCGUCACAAGCCUGAUUGAGUAUCUCAUCAACGGUGCUGCAUGGGACGACCAAUCCUUUUGAAAAGUUUGAGCAAUCAAGCUGGCUUCGUUUCAACUCAAUUACUCGACGUGUGAGGGUUGUUGUGUUUGUGGUUUGAGUUAUCACUUCAAUGUCAUGAUCUUAUUCCGAGCACGUUUCACUCCCAAAGGUGUUCUGGUUGUGUGUUUCCCUUUUUGUUCGGGAGAGCGUUUGAAGAUUGGGCUGCUGGUCACCGGGUGUGUGGCCCGCGCCAAUGCAGUCGGCACGUUUUGUCUCAGUCAAAUUAUCAAUUAGAUGACUUAGGCACUUGAA